CCAUCUACUUGGGUGCGUGUACGAUUACAUUUACAUCUUCCAGCUGAAUGACGGUGGCCCCAGCAGUGAGACCCUGUAGGAGGAGCCUGAGAACAUCACGGCACUGAAUUCCACGGGCUUUGGGACAGCCUGGCAUACGAGGUGGAGGUCCAGUCUCAUCUCCUCGAUGAUGUGAUGACAGCCUUACUAUUUUCAGACAAGAAGGCAUCAACAGCAAUCUCAUCGCCUGGAACAGGGUGGUGCUGCUUCAUGAUGGAUUUGUGUGGCUGGAGCCAGAGACAGGCCGUGCUGGAAGCCAGGAACAAACGAGCUCCAGUCUCCAACCUGUCUCGAGUGAAUGGCUGGUCAUGGCCCCUGCACCCCUUCCAGGCAUUGGCCUGGACGAUGGUGUUCAUCUUUGCCCUGGCCAACUUUGGCGUCUUCAUCCCCUUCCUGCCGCCUAACUGGAACUUCAUCGCCUAUGGUGUGACUGGCGGGCUUUUCCUUUUCCAUCUGGUGGUUCACUUGACUGCAGUUUCCAUCGACCCGGCAGAGGCUGCUGUGAGGCUCAGGAACUACGCAGAGCCUUUGCCUGUUUUUGACCGCACUAAACACGCUCAUGUCAUCCAGAACCAGUAUUGCCACCUGUGUCAAGUCACGGUCAAUAAGAAGGCCAAACAUUGUAGUUACUGCAACAAGUGUGUAUCGAACUUUGACCACCACUGCAAAUGGCUGAACAACUGUGUGGGGAGCAGAAAUUACUGGUAUUUCUUCAGCUCCUUGGUCUCUUCCUCCAUCAGCCUGCUCUGCCUGAUCACCAUCCUGCUGUUCAUUUUCAUCCAGUUCUUCAUCAACCCGGCACAGCUGCGCACGCACCCCCACUACAAAAACAUCUCUGAUGCCAACACUUGGCUGCUGUUCCUGCCCCUGUUCCCCGUAAAGACGAAGACCCUGGGGGUCCUGGGCAUUGGGCUCUUCGUGCUGUUGUUAUCGAUCUUCAGCCUCGUGAUGCUUGGACACCUGCUUAUCUUCCACGUCUACUUAAUGUCCAAGAAGUUGAGCACAUAUGAGUUCUUGACGCAGGGCCACUCUCAAAAGACUCCAAAAGUUUCAGCAGGACCUGAACCACUGUUCAUUAAAGUAAAGAUGCCACAGCAGGCAGAUGACGACCCGAGUUCAUCUACACGUAGGCAAGACUUCUUUCCCGAUCUCAGAGAUGAGGAACCCAGGACAUUCAGGACUUUGAGUGUCACCCAGCCAGGAGAUGACAGAGUUUAAUGUGAAUCAGCCUUGAGUCUAGAGCCAUGAACACUUCCCCUCUGCCUGUGUGGCAUAGAGAACACUCAACCAUGGUUUUGGACAGCAGACUUCGGGUCCUCAGGCAGCCUUUCUCUACGUCCUGCCCAGUGACUGUGUCUGAGUGGGUGCUCCAUGUGUUGAGCAGGGAAGAGGUUCAGGAACCAGCCGUGCCCACAAGAAACUCACAGAAGGAUAUCAGGCCAAGACAGAGCUCCAACACCCAGAGUCAAGUCAGUGUAAGCAGCGCUGUGCCUGGGGAAGCAGUCGCAUGGCAACACCUGAAAUAACUCAUUCCAGACCAUUCUAGGGGUCUGCUUUCUCAUUGAAACCAUGAACAUCGAUGUGAAUGAUUUUCUC